AAAAAAAAACCCUACUGCGACUCCCCUGCUCCCACCUCUCUCUGUUCGUCUUUUACCCUCCUCCUCCCACCACUCCCUAUUCAUCUAUUCAUCUUCCUGUUCAUCUUCUGCUGCACAGUCAUGUCUUCAUCUAUUCAUUCUGCCACCACUGUCACAAACAUAAAAACCCUAAUUCCUAUCACCUAGAGAUGGAAAACGCACAAUAUGCUUCAUGGAGUGAGUUGUUUAAGAUUCAGUGUAGGGCUUUCUUGGUUAUAGACCACCUAUCUCCACGACCUGCAACUUCUUCUUCUUCGGAUAAAACCAAAGACGCAGACAAAGACACGGGUCCAGCCAAGCCAACCGACGAUUCUUGGGAGCGAUUGGAUGCUAUUGUCCUCCAGUGGAUAUAUAGCACAAUAUCCAAUGACCUGUUACAUACCAUCCUCAAACCCAAUACUACUGCUCAUGAUGCUUGGAUUGCACUAGAAAAUAUUUUUCAAGAUAACAAAAGCUCUAGAGCAAUCCACCUUCUACAAAAAUUUUCAAACACCCGUUUGGAUGGCUAUCCAAACGUCUCUGCUUAUUGCCAACAACUGAAGGUUUUGGCCGAUCAACUGGCGAACGUCGGGUCUCCUGUCGAUAAUGAAAGACUCGUCCUACAACUUUUAUCGGGCCUCAAUGAACAAUACGAGGGCAUAGCAACGAUCAUUCAACAACAAGAUCCACUCCCCACCUUUUACGAAGCUCGGUCGAAACUUGUUUUGGUUGAAAGUCGUAAACAGGAACAAGCACUCCACUCCGCACAGACUACCGGCACGGCUCUCACGGCUCACACAACGCGGUCUCCAACCUCUUCGCAGCCGAAGAUGGACUAUCGGACUGAUACUGACCGUAGCCGUGGACGUGGUCGGGCUCGUGGACGUGGUCGCGACAGGCAAGGAACUCGAAGCAGGGGCUCUGGCUCCAACUACGGCCAACAGGCUCACUACGGCUGGCCCAUAUGGCCUGGCAACAACUUUAUGCCUUGGGUUGUGGGCUUCUUGGCCCGCGACCCAAUCAAGCCCACAACGCAGCAUACACACCCACUGACAUUGAGCAGGCCCUUUAUACCAUGUCUUUGAACCAACCUGAUCCGACUCCUUACAUGGACACUGGAGCCACCGGGAACACGACGAACAAUUCAGGACCUCAAGACUCGGAUCCCUAUCCUCCGGUGCAACAACAGCGGUGAUCUAUAUCCUCUACUACUAGGAUCGGGGACUACCACCACAACACCUUCCGCAUUUGCUGCUAUUUCAUCCACUUUAUGGCACCAACAACUCGGGCAUCCGGGACGACCUUCUUUGCACUCUCUUAAAAAUUCUUAUUCUAUUGACUUUGCAAAUUUUAAUAAACAUGCUUGUGGUUCUUGUGUUAUUG